UGACCAAGACUGGCUUAGAAGGCUUUUUACCAAGAAAAUGGGGACUGACAAGGAAAACCCAGUCCUGAGAAAUGUGCUCAUCACCUUCAACUUGUUACUGCUAGGCGCCAUUCUCAAGCCUUUUGAGUGCCGACUAGAAGUGACAACAGAGGCAACCAAGAGGCCAGUGAUGGAUGAGGAAGGCAAUGUUGCCAACUGCAGCCCAGCCAUCAAAGAGCAGCCCAUGGUCUUUCACCACAUCUACAACAUCAACGUCCCCCUGGACAGCUGCUGUUCCUCAAUAUUCAAGUCUUCGGCAGAGGAGGUGAGUUCAGAAGACGACAGGAUGGCGGAGUAUGCAGAGACCUCAGACAGCGAGAGCCAGGUCACCUUCACCCACAGGAUAAACUUCCCCAAGCAGGCCUGCAAGUGCUCCACCUCCUUCCCGUCCAUGCAGGAUCUGCUGAGCAGAAUUGAGAUGCUGGAGAGGGAGGUCUCCAUUCUCCGGGACCAAUGCAACUCCAAUUGCUGCCAAGAAAAUGCAGCCACAGGGCAGCUGGAUUUCCUGCCGCCCUGCAGCGGGCACGGCAACUUCAGCCUGGCAGCGUGUGGCUGCGUCUGCGAUGAGGGCUGGGUGGGCAGCAACUGCUCGGAGCCCCGCUGCCCUGGGGGCUGCUCACACCGCGGUGCCUGCGUCGAGGGCCAGUGCAUCUGUGACGGCGGCUAUGGCGGCGAUGACUGCUCCGAGCGCCGUUGCCCUGCCGCCUGCCGUGACCGAGGCCUCUGCGUGGACGGUGCCUGCCUCUGCGAGGAGGGCUUUGCCGGCGAUGACUGCAGCUGGCCCCAUUGCCCCAACUCCUGCAGCGGCCGUGGCGCCUGCCUCCAGGGACUCUGUGCCUGCGAGGACGGCUACGCAGCACCUGACUGCUCCACAGUGGCACCACCAGAAAACCUGCGUGUGGCUGGUGUGGGCGAUGACAGUGUGGAGCUGGUGUGGGAUGGCCCAGCGGCAGCGGCAGAGUUCGCGGUCUCCUAUGAGCCAGCGGGACCUGGGGGCGGCCGGCUGGAGCAGCGGGUGCCCGGUGACUGGAGAGCAGUGACCAUUCGAUCACUGGAGCCUGGUGUUACCUACAACCUCAGCAUCUACGCCAUUGUUGGCAACGUCCGCGGUGCCCCUGCCACUGCCAAGGUGACAACCCACCUUGCCACGCCACAGGGGCUGAAGUUCAAGACCAUCACCGAGACAACUGCUGAGGUGCAGUGGGAGCCCUUCUCCUUCCCCUUUGAUGGCUGGGAAAUCAGCUUCAUCCCCAAGAACAACGAAGGCGGUGUGAUUGCGCAGCUCCCCAGCAGCGUCACCACCUUCAACCAGACGGGCCUGAAGCCGGGUGAGGAGUACACGGUCACUGUGGUGGCCCUCAAGGAGCAAGCGAGGAGCCCCCCUGCGUCUGACAGCGUCUCCACCUUGAUUGAUGGUCCAACCCAGAUCCUGGUGCGGGACGUCUCUGACACUGUGGCCUUCGUGGAGGGGACGCCGCCGCGCGCCAAGGUGGACACCAUCCUGCUGCAGUACGGGCUGGUGAACGGGGGGGGAGGGAAGACCACCUCCCGCCUGCAGCCCCCGCUGAGCCAGUACUCCCUGCAGGCCCUGCGCCCGGGCUCCCGCUAUGAGGUGGCUGUCAGCGGCCUGCGAGGCACCAAUGAGAGUGACGCCGCCCUCACCCACUUCACCACAGAAAUCGAUGCCCCCAAGAACGUGCGCGUGGGAGCCCGGACAGCAGCCAGCCUUGAGCUCGCCUGGGACAACAGCGAGGCCGAGGUGCACAGCUACCGCGUGGUCUACAGCACCCUGGCCGGGGAGCAGUACCACGAAGUACUGGUGCCCCGCGACAGUGGUCCGACGACCAGAGCCACCCUCGCAGAUCUGGUGCCAGGGACUGAGUACGGCAUUGGGAUAUCAGCCAUCAUGGACAACCAGCAGAGUGUGCCAGCCACCAUGAAUGCCAGGACAGAGCUCGACAGCCCUCGGGACCUCCUGGUGACAGCCUCCACAGAGACAUCCAUCUCCCUGGCCUGGACAAAGGCCAGUGGGCCCAUCGACCACUACCGCAUCACCUUCACUCCAGCCUCGGGGAUGGCCUCCGAAGUGACGGUGCCCCGAGACAGGUCACAGCUCACUCUCUCAGACCUGGAGCCCGGGACAGAGUACACCAUCUCGAUCAUAGCCGAGCGGGGACGCCAGCAGAGCCUGGAAUCCACUGUGGAUGCAUUCACAGGAGUCCGGCCCAUCACACAGCUGCACUUCUCUCACGUGACAUCCUCCAGCGUGAACAUCACCUGGAGCGACCCAUCACCACCAGCCGACCGGCUCAUCCUACAGUAUAGCCCACAGGACAAGGAAGAGGCCCAGCAGCUCACACUGGACGGCACCAGGAGACACGCCAGCCUGACGGGGCUGCGGCCAGCCACUGAGUACCAAGUGUCACUGGUGGCUGUGCAUGGCACAAUUAGCUCAGAGCCCAUCGUGGGCUCUAUAACUACAGGGAUCGACGCUCCAAAGGACCUCAGGGUAGGAAAUGUGACCCAGGACUCCAUGAUUGUCUACUGGAGCCCUCCCAUUGCCACUUUUGAUCACUACAGAUUAUCGUACCAGGCCUCCGAAGGGAGAACAGACACCACCGCAAUCCCCAGAGAUGCCACCGAGUACACCCUGCUCCGCCUGCAGCCCGCUACCGAGUACGAGAUCACCAUGAAGAGCGUGCGGGGUCGCGAGGAGAGCGAGCUGGCCUCCCUCACUGCACACACAGCCAUGGAUGCCCCCUUGGGUGUCACUGCCACGAAUAUCACCCCCACCGAGGCCCUGCUGCAGUGGAACCCACCGCUGUCCGAUGUGGAGAACUACAUCAUUGUCCUCACCCACUACAGAGUUGCAGGAGAAACAAUUCUUGUGGAUGGAGUCAACCAGGAGUACCAGCUGACCAACCUUCUCCCCAGUACUACCUACACAGUCACCAUGUAUGCUACCAAUGGGCCUUUCACCAGCCAGACCAUCAGCACCAACUUUACAACUCUUUUGGACCCUCCGACAAAUCUGACUGCAAGCGAAGUCACCCGACGGAGCGCCCUUCUGUCCUGGAUGCCUCCAGUGGGGGAGAUUGAGAAUUACAUCAUGACCUACAGAUCAACUGAUGGAAGCCGGAAGGAGCUGAUUGUGGAUGCCGAAGACACCUGGAUCCGCCUGGAGGGCCUUUCGGAGACAACAGAGUACACCGUGCGCCUGCAGGCUGCCCAAAACGCCGUGCGGAGCGGCUUCACCUCCACCACCUUCACCACAGGCGGUCGCGUCUUUGCUAAUCCUCAGGACUGCGCCCAGCACCUGCUGAAUGGUGACACGCUGAGCGGGGUUUACACCAUCUCCGUCAACGGCGACCUUGGCCAGAAGGUGCAGGUGUACUGCGACAUGGCCACGGACGGAGGCGGCUGGAUUGUAUUCCAGAGGCGGCAGAAUGGGCUGACAGAUUUCUUCCGGAAGUGGGCAGACUACCGGAUUGGCUUUGGAAACCUGGAAGAUGAAUUUUGGCUGGGCUUGGACAACAUCCACAAGAUCACCUCCCAGGGGCGCUACGAACUGCGGAUAGACAUGCGGGACGGCCAGGAGGCAGCGUACGCCUACUACGACAAGUUCUCCAUCGGCGACUCCAGGAGUCUGUACAAGCUCCGAAUAGGAGAAUACAACGGCACCUCCGGGGAUUCCCUCACCUAUCACCAAGGCCGCCCCUUCUCCACCAAGGACAGGGACAACGAUGUUGCUGUGACCAACUGUGCCAUGUCAUACAAAGGGGCCUGGUGGUACAAGAACUGCCACCGGACCAACCUCAAUGGAAAGUACGGCGAGUCCCGUCACAGUCAGGGGAUUAACUGGUACCAUUGGAAAGGCCACGAGUUCUCCAUACCCUUUGUGGAAAUGAAGAUGCGACCCUACAACCACCGUAACAUCUCCGGGAGGAAGCGACGGUCCCUACAGCUCUGAGGAAGCAGGAGCCCUCUCCCACUUCCCACCACCUGACCUUUUCUGUCAUUUGUAUUUUAUAAUAUGAAAAGGGAAAAAAAUACUCCUCUGAGAUAGCAAUCUGCCCCUCACUAGUCCUGGAGGGAACCAUGGUAUAAGUAAGGGCCAUGGAAAAGGAAAGACCUCAUUGCUUUGCAUCAGUCCCAGAGAAAUAACAAAUUUCCAGGCUUCCUGCCCCAAAACCUUUGCCCUUAACAUGAAAAGAAA